GUGGUAUGAGAGUGCAAUGUGAUGCGAUAUCUCUACCUACCUUCAUACUCGCAAAUAGCAAGAGUCUCUUGGAGAUACAACUAAUUACUGGCUGUACCACCCAGACAGCCUAACUAAAUUCCUCACACCACCCGUGGCAUUUACAGUAUCAUCUAUCAGAUAAGCCCACCGCCACCCCAUCCCAUUCUUUGUCCAAAUUCAUUUUCGCCACAAAUGUCGGUCUCCCUCUCGACGCUUUUCCUGCCCUGACUUCAUACCUCCUCCACCGAACUGAGGAAGAGUCUCAAGUCAAGAAGACGGAAUCUACGACACCAUGGCUAUCGAGCGAAGGUCCCGUAUGAAGGGUCGACGGAUCAAUAUUCUCGUCUACGUGACCUACGCCCUCGGUCCUGAACUCCUACCUUACCUCCUCCACAACCCCGACUUGAAUGUACGAGUCGUGGCCGAUUUUUCCAAGGCCGAGUUUCAGCAGUACAUGAAGUCCAGCAUCAACCUCGACGAGUUGCAAUGGUUCGAGAACAAGAACAUUCGCAGCCGGCAAGGUCGAACGAUCGAGGUUCGAAAUGAAGUCGUGAUGCAAGCUCACAGACUGGCACGAUGGGCCGACCUCAUGUUCGUGAUCCUCGACGCUCAUUUAGUUUCGGCCAUGAUGAGUGGUCUCGCCACGGACCUCCUCUUAAACGUGCUACGAUGUUGGGAUGUGACAAAAAGAGUCGCUCUCCUCCCAGAGAUGAGCGUGGAUCAACAUAAACACCCUAUGUGGAGGAAACAAUUCUCUAAACUCCAAACCAAAUGGGAUUGGGUGCAUGUAAUGCCGCCAGCAUUAUGGGAUUAUGACAGAAAACCCAGGAUUGAGCCUGUGUGUGCGGUUGAAGAUGAGGAUCCCGCGAUCGUAUGGGAUUGGCAAGGCCCAGGAGAAAUCAUUGAGACCAUCGAAUCUGAGGUUCGAACCAUUCUCCGGUCCAUGUCCAAAGCCAACGCUAUGAUUCCCUACCCGUCACCUACCCAUACUACCUCGAAACCGCGGUUGCCCGCUGAGAUUUGGACCAUGAUACUUGAGAACGUGGGGGAUUGGGAACUUGCAACGGCGCUCGGCAUUUACACGCAGCUCCCAACGCCGCAUGAGUGGGAGGCUUUGGUACUGAAUCCAGGGUCCAAGAAAGUUCCCUCGCUUGAGUACACCAUCCUCACUCAGCCGGUUUCUCAGAUCAAGACAUAUUUUACCAACAAUACCUCUUCGCAACCGCCGACGACGCUCUCAUCUAUCGCUACGCGCUUAAUAUUUCGCUUCAGCAUGACCGAACUUUUGACCUACCUCGCCCUGUAUCAGAAGGAUAUUUUUUGGACGUCGUUUGGUCUGGCGCUUCUGCCACACAAGGCGUCCUUGAUCUACAACUCACCUACAAUACUGAAUUGGUGGAAGGACUGCCCCGCCGUUAUCAAGAAGGAGUAUGGGCCGGAAGCUCUAGACGGUGCAUCAAGAGCAGGAUUUGUCGAAGUGCUGGACUGGUGGCUAGAGUCUGGCCUGAAAUUGACCUACACAGAAAAGGCCUUGGAGUCGGCAUCUGCGAAGGGACAUGUCGAUGUAUUGGAGUGGUGGCGUGUCAAUUCUCUCAAGCUUGCAGGCACAACCCGUGAGAUGCCUUUGAAAGUGGGCAAAUCCAUUCUCCUUGCUGCCCAGGCCGGCCGCACGAACAGCAUCGAAUGGUGGGAGAACAGCGGCAUACCCUACGCUCAUGAGGACGGUGUUGCUCGUCUGGCGUCGGCCCAUGGACAUGUUGGUGUUCUAGAGCUUUGGCAUAGCUUCAAAGGAAGCAAGAUGAUUUUCGACAACCAGGUUCUUGUGGGUGCGACGAAAAAUGGCCAUGCAGGAGUACUGCAGUGGUGGAAAGACGUGUCACGAAAGACGGGCUUGAGGGUAGAAUACAAGACCUGCGAUAUCGAGGAGGCGAUGGAAGAUGCUGUCGGCGGUGGUGGUGAAAGUGAAGUCCGAGAGUGGUGGGGACGUAACGGAUUGAAUCUGGGUGUUGGUACGGGUGAGUGGAUGAGAGUCAAGACAUUGUGAUACAUUACAAGGUUUGGUCUACGGAUACGAUUUAUAUUCCUAUUUUUUUGGGCGUGUGCUGCGCUUUGAGCGAGGAGUCUGGCGCGUAGCCAUGGAUGGACAGGUAUUUGGGAAAUCAUGGCAGAUACUGAUCCAGGGAUCGUUUCGUUCUUUUCCCAGAUUGUCAGAGAGUCACGGACUUUGGUAGAAAGGCGUUCUACUCAUGCAAGAAUAUCUAGGUCUCUCACCCUACAUUACUACGUGCUCAAGGGGAGAAUGAACAACGCAUGAUUUGAUGAAACGCUCGCCGCAAUCAGGCGUCCAG